AUGGCUUCGGCGUCAUCCACCAAUGCCCCUGGCGGCUCGUCCCUAUCAGGGAACACGAGGCCCGAACUAGGCGAUAUCCUGAUAGUUAUUCAUGAUUUCAAUGCCAGGAGCGCCGACGAGCUUAGCCUCGCCAAGGGCGAUCGGGUCGAGCUGAUCGAACGGGACGACGAGUUCGGCGAUGGAUGGUUUCUCGGCCGCCACCUGGUGAACAACAAUACCGGUCUCUUCCCAGAAGUCUACACUCGACCUGCGCCCAAGACUGCUCCAGCGGGCAGCUCGAAUAACCUCAGCAACUACCCUCCCCCACCCCUCUCCCCUCUCGCUGAAUCGGCUCCCGAAUCGAGCGUGCACACCACUCAGGCGACGAACUCCGCGUCGCCAUUGACGACGUCCAUCCUCAGUAUUUCUUCUUCGAUACCCGCGACUGUCACCGCCCACGCCACCAUACCGGCGUCUGUCCCUUCUCUGAUACCCGACUCACCUCCUGCCACUCUCCCUCUUAGCUCCGUUCAUACGCCGAAACCCGACGCACCCUCCUCGUCGACCAUUCCUUCAUCCAUCGAGGAAGCCUUAGCGAGGCUCAACAGUAACCAGGAUAGCCAUGUUCUGAAUGAGACGUUGAACGUUAUCGAUGAACAUAUUACCGACCUCCGAUCGCCCGCUAGCAACGGCGGACUCCAUGCGGCGACCGACUCCGGCAGCGAUUACAGUGCCCCGAUAGACCCCCGAAUGUCGUAUAUCCAGGGCGAAGAGACGGACGAGGAGGAGGAAUCCGUGCACACCCGUGCAGAGGUCGAAAAGUGGACUCCCGAUGAGGUAGCCGAGUAUCUUUUCACCGCCGGCGUAGAGAAGCACCACUGCGAGGUUUUCAGGGAUCAGGAAAUCAGCGGUGAGGUAUUAUUGGGCAUGGACCAGAGCUCUCUCUUUAUCAAGGCCCUGGAUCUUGGCUCCGUUGGUCGGAGGCUAAAGACUUGGCAAAAGAUCAAGACUCUACAGGAUGAGGUGAACAGCGGUACCUACACACGGCGAACCACGCAGACCUACGGCAGCGAGGUUGGCUCCGAUGAUACGAGGCGGAUGCGAAGCCGAACAAACACCAUUACCAACUCCAUCAAGAUGCCCACCAUUGACGACCGUCCUUCUUCAGCACAGGCCGGCCGUAGGUCUACUGGUAUGAGCUCCCGUAAGGAUCCGACUAACUUAGGAUCGCCUACAUCCCCCACUAGAAUCGUGGAGAGCCCGACACGCGUAACGCAUGCGAGGAGACCGUCUGCUGCCGAGGUUAGGGACCUGCACCAUUCGCGUCGCCACUCUUCUACGGAUUAUCGAGGAACACCUGUUCUUGCCUCCCCUGCCAUGAACGCACCUGGACCAUACGCAGCAGGCGCCGACUCGAAUCACAAGAAACAAGCGUCUUUCGACCGAAAUUGGACCAUGGGCAGCGCAUACAACCAGCGACCUCUAUCGUCAACUGGCUUCCAGGAUAUCUUGAAUCCUGGCGGCAACGACCACCAGGACUCGGCUGUGGAGUUGGAUCGUGGGUAUUUCUCGGGCACCGAGGUUGACGGACGUAAGAAGAACGUGCUUAAGAAGCGAGACAGCGGCGUAACCAAGGCGAGCUAUACCGAGGAGCAGCGUGUGCGUAGUGCGACCGCCAUAUCUAGGCAUUCUCGCUACGGAAGUAUCGAUUCGAUCCGCGACGGAGGCUUAACUGCCGCUCAAAAGUAUUACGGUCUGGCGGCUGGAAAUCAUAAGAAAACGGCGUCGACCAAUACUACCGAGUCCAUUCGUCCCGUACCACCGUCCAAGGACGCUCCUCCUCCUACCGUUACGAAACUCGACGGUAUCUCAGACAGCCCAGGCGCCUCACCAGCCCCGCAUGCUUCGCCGGUGCACAAGCAUGGUCUUCAUGGCGAUUGGUUAUCGUCCGUCGUGAACAAGCCCGUGGGAACGUUGAAGGCGGCGGGGUUGGGCCUUAGGGCCAUAUCCGACUCGGUCUCUUCAUCUUCCGAUCGCACCAAGGUAGCCUCACCCACCGACUCGUCCACCACUAGAGAGUCACCUGUUUUGUCACCCGCUCGGACAGGUUCGACAACACCUUCCGCCGGUCAUAGUUUUGAUCUUGAUUCUGCCGAAUUGAAGGCCUCGGCAUAUGGCGCGAACUCGAAACGAGACGCGCGAAAGAAAGGAAAGAAAGAGACGAGCGCAUACACUCGGGGUCUGCAGAAGAUCAGCCCCAAGGAGGCGAUGGAAGAUGCCGAUUAUAGCGGCUGGAUGAAGAAGAAGAGCUCAAACUUGAUGACUAUGUGGAAGCCACGCCUAUUCGUGCUCAAGGGCCGACGUCUCGCUUACUACUACAGCGAGGACGAUACUCAGGAGAAGGGCCUCAUCGAUAUCUCGUUCCACCGCGUGCUUCCCGCCGACAAUGAGAGGCUCACUGGCCUCCACGCGACACUCACUGGUGCGGGCAGUAGUACACCCACGCUUCCGAACCAAGGCACAUCUAGCGCCGGUGGCGACGAGCUAGAAAAGGGAGAUGAUACGAUGUUCAUCUUCAAGCUAGUGCCGCCUCGUUCGGGGCUACCACGGGCCGUCAAUUUCACUAAACCGACAGUCCACUAUUUCGCCGUACCGAACCUCAAGCAGGGCCGACUCUGGAUGGCCGCGUUGAUGAAGGCGACUAUUGAUCGCGACGAUACGCAGCCAAUCACGACUACCUACCAGCAAAAGACGAUUUCUCUCGCGAAAGCUCGCGCGAUGAGGCACAGGCCACCCGCACUCAUGAACCUGGAAGAGGGCGACGAGGACGAGAAGAGGAGGAGCGCCGAGAGAGACAAGAAGGACGGCCUCGAUAUCGCGCUCCACGAGGCCGAUAGCGGCAUCUCCGGUCUUGAAAAGAUGGGUCUGUCGAAGGUUGAGAGCGCCAAGGCUACCCAGCACGAGUUCACCGGCAGCGAGAAGGGGAUCCUACCUCCUCAAAGCGCGUAG